GGGACAGGUUAUCGUUUGUCGGCGAUCGAGGGAGAGAGCCGCCGAGGCGAGGUAGGGGAUAAGCAGCGUCGACCGGCAGCGCCACCGACCAAACAGUCGCACCCCGACGUCGUGAUCGUAUUCGAGGGCACCCCCUGUCACUGGCGAGAGCCGCGACAGGGAGCGACCGAGAGAGUAUUCCGGAUCGGACGGACGGACGGACAGACGAACGAACGAACGAACAAACGAACGAACGGAACGAACGAACGGACGGACGGGUGGACACGGUCCGCUCGGUAUUCAGUGAGCCGGAGUUUAGGGGAUACCGGAGGCGUGGACGCUUGGGAACGCGAGAACGGGAACCGCUCCUGACGGGGGAAGCGAACCGGAAGAAUUAAGAACGGAAAUCGGAAGAGCACCGAGAAGAUCGAGAACGCAAGAGCGAGCGAAAGAGAAGAAGCACAAGAAUCGGUAGUAAGACCACCGGUAGUAGUAAAAAUAAGUAGUCCUCUAGCUGGUAGUCGAAGGGGAAGAGAGAUUUACUCGCGGAGAGGAGGUGGGAUUAGUGUGUUUUGCGAGUAUAAUACACGGUUUGGGGUCUGGUUUUACCGGAGACAGUCGGUCAGGAGGGCCAGAGGCAGAGAGAGGUGUUCUCGGUUGUUCCGUAGCCGGGGCUCUGGCAUGGUGGCGGUGCAUCCUACGAAGGAGCUGCCCUCGCUGUGCCGAUGACGAGGCUGCAGAUCACGCCCCGCGGUGAGCAAGGAAGGUCGUCGAGGAAGCCGCGGCGUCGCCAGUCACCGUCCUCCACGGAUACGUCGUCGGUGGUGGUGCGCGAGCUACGCCGACGUCGGUGGCGGAGGCGGAGGUUCGCCGCGGGGAUACCACGGGUGCCGCUGCCGCUGCUACGCCGAGGCCGCCGGUCGAUCGCCUCCUGGUGACCGUCGUAACGUCGCCGGACGGUGACCGGGCUCGUGGCGACCGGUGCCGCACGCAGGGCCGUCACCAUGCCGCGCUGCCUCAUGGCCAAGAAAUGGAAGGCGUAUCCGUGGCCGGAUCGCGUCGACGACACCCAGGAGGAGGAGAACAACGACCCGUCCGCUGGCAUGAUGCAGGACACCGGGCCGCCGCCGCACACGGCACCCGUGCACCACGGGAUGCAACAGACCACCGCCGCCGUCAUAGAGAAGAGGCAGCAGCACAGGCAUGAGCCCGAGGACGAGGAGAUCGACGUGGUCGGCGACACCGACACCAGGCAGGUCGAUCAUCAGCAGACCUGUUGGGGACCCCACAGCCCGACCGCUGGUGCCACUGCGCCCAGCCCGCCACCCCUCAACGCGUCCGGUGCUCUCUACUAUCAUGGUGAGUGGAAAUGGAGUUGCCCUCCUCGACCAUGUUCCUUUGUAUUUAUACAGUUGCGAUCGCUUGUAGGAUUCUAAG